UUGCGUGACGAGCCAGCAGUGAAAGAGUUAAAGCAGAGCUUGUUGUCGAGCUGCGCGGCGUCGCGUCGCUGGGAGAGGCAGAGACGCAUCGCAUCAACAGAGAAUCCCCGCCGGGAAACUGGCGCACAUCUGCUCCAACUGUUGAAUGUCUUCCUUGGAUUGGUCGGGUGCGGGAAAAGUUGCACUAUCCGAAGGAAAAAGGCGCACGGCGUGAGAGGUUUUGCAAGGAGCGCCGAACACGCACCAGCUGCGAUCCGCGCGCCGGACUAUAAAGUGAGCUACAUCCGCGCUUGGUUGGCAAACAGGUGGUUUCGCUGAGCUUCGGAGCUGCGAUGAGGGCGUGCUUGAUGUUUUGACACAAGGAGCUCCUUGUCAUCAUCCAGCGCGCCGAUUUGACGAUGAUCAGCUCCGUGUGCGUUUCGUCUUACCGUGGACGCAAGUCCGGCAACAAGCCUCCGUCCAAAUCAUGCUUGAAGGAGGACAUGUCCAGAGGUGAAGACUCGGAUAAGAUCAUCAUCAAUGUGGGCGGCACCCGCCACGAGACCUACAAGAGCACCCUGCGCACCUUGCCGGGCACCCGCCUGGCGUGGUUGGCCCACCCGGAGCCGCAGGUGGGUUCCGAUGAGUCGUGCAACUCGCCGCCGCCCAGCAGCAGCACCGGCGGGGAGUUGUUCUUCGACCGCCACCCGGGCAUCUUUGCCUACGUGCUCAACUACUACCGCACCGGCAAGCUGCACUGCCCGGCCGACGUGUGCGGGCCGCUCUUCGAGGAGGAGUUGGCCUUCUGGGGCAUCGACGAGACGGACGUGGAGCCGUGCUGCUGGAUGAAUUACCGGCAGCACCGCGACGCCGAGGAAGCACUGGAGACUUUCGAGCCGCCCGAGCCGGACGACAACGGCGAUGACGACGGCGAUACGCCGCGCCGCUUUGGCAUCGAGGAGUGUCCGGGCAGGUCAAGGGGCUGCUGCGAAGUUUGGCAGCCCAAAAUCUGGGCCCUGUUUGACGACCCCUACUCGUCCAAAGCGGCCAGGGGAGUGGCGCUGGCAUCCCUUUUCUUCAUCCUGGUGUCCAUCACUACCUUCUGCCUGGAGACCCACGAAGCCUUCAACGAGCUGCAGAACCGUACGGAGCUGGUGCUGGUGGGCAAUGAGACGCGAACGGAGGAGCGCUUGGAGAUGGUGACCAAGCCCGUCCUCACCUUAGUGGAGGGGGUGUGCGUGCUGUGGUUCACUUUUGAGUUCCUGGUGCGGAUUGCAUGCUGCCCGGACAAGGUGCUCUUUAUCAAGAACUCGCUGAACAUCAUCGACUUUGUGGCCAUCCUGCCCUUCUACUUGGAGAUGGGUCUGAGCGGCCUGUCAUCCAAGGCGGCCAACGAUGUCCUGGGUUUCCUCCGGGUGGUCCGCUUUGUGCGCAUCCUUCGGAUCUUCAAGCUGACUCGACACUUUGUGGGUCUGCGUGUGCUCGGGCACACGCUAAGGGCAAGCGUCAACGAGUUCCUGCUGCUCAUCAUCUUCUUGGCGUUGGGAGUACUCAUCUUCGCCACCAUGAUUUACUACGCCGAGCGGAUCGGAGCUAGCCCGCAUGAUCCCACGGGCGCUAACCACACACACUUCAAGAACAUCCCCAUCAGCUUCUGGUGGGCUGUGGUCACCAUGACCACGCUAGGCUACGGAGACAUGUACCCGCAGACGUGGCUGGGCAUGAUGGUGGGGGCCUUGUGCGCUCUGGCCGGGGUGCUGACCAUCGCCAUGCCUGUGCCGGUCAUAGUCAACAACUUUGGAAUGUACUACUCGCUAGCCAUGGCCAAGCAGAAGCUACCCAAGAAAAAGAAUAAGCACAACCCCAAUCCCGAGGCUCAGACCAACUCGGUGUCCUUCGAGAAGUCGGAAACCAAUUCGUGCAGGGAAAGCACUCAGAGCGACACGUGCCCGCUGGCGGCCGACGACAGCCGAACAGACUCCAAACAGAACGGCGACGCAAAUGUGACCCUUUCCGAGGAGGAAGGCUGCAGCCUGACCCAGCCACUGUCCCCCAGUGAAAAAUGGUCACUGCGCUGCCCCCGGGGAAGAGAUCGGACCAAGAAAGAAGCUACCUGCUUCCUGCUCACCCCUGGAGAGCCCAGCGUCCACUAUGAGACUUGUAAAGACAAGAUGGCAACCCCUGCAAACUACACGAAGCCGGAUGUCACCUCACUGAGCGGAUGCUGAUUGACUAAGAUCAGGGAGAGAAAAAGCAUAAACUAUUUUCCGCUCCGCUUCCUGAAGGAUUCUUGACUCAAUUAUGUUCCCCUGUAUAAAUACUAAGGUGAAUAUGAGUUGCAUCUUUUACCAUGUAAAUAGCACAUGUUCUAAAGCAUGUAUUGCGUGAUAUAGUGUUGUACGAGCCGGUCAUGAUUUUAGUAAUGUAGCAUCAUUUAAAUUUAAUUUUACAUGCUAUCUUUAUGUUUGCCUACCUCUGCUUUACAUUCAUUUUUUUUAACUACGCAGCUAUUUCCCCCAUUUGGAUUAAUUGACCUUUAGCUAUGACUGCAACUACAACAACACAAAAUACAAACAAUAAAUCAAAUGCAAUACUCUCCUGAACUCAACGUAGUGACGCCGCGCAGUGCUGUGCUGUGAUUGGCCAGUGGGCGUUUUUGUAUAGCGUGACAGUAACUGUGAACUAGGUUUAGAUGAAAGAUUUUUUUAGGGUUUAAGGUUAGGAUUAGAGAAUUUUGUCGUCAUCACGCACAAUACAGAAUUUGUGAAAUCAUCCCCUUUGUACUCUUUAAUUUGUAUUGACUCGAGUACAAAAUUCAUGUGGUGCAAUAUUGUCUGCCUGUGGCAUUAGAUGUACCGACGCUGGUUGAGUCAGGACCAAAUGUGCACUCACGCGGUAAAAAACAGCAACGUCAAGGCUGGAUUCACACUGCAUGCUUCAAGAUCGAGUAGCAAUGCCAUGUUUUGGCAGCGGAAAAAGAGAAAAAAAUCAAUUGUAAUCGGGCAUUUCCAGGUUGGGUAAUCCAAAUAAACAUUCAAAUAUAAAUUACAAUAAACGCAUGGACAAUAAAAUAUGGUCUAAAUCCAGAAGGUAAAUCAUUUCAAAAACUUUUCCACCAUUAAUGUGACCUAUAACCUAUCCAACUCAAUGACUGUUUUGUUUUACAAAUAAACCUCCCAAACACGCGAGAAAAGGUGUCAAGGUUGAAUAAAACCAAAGUGGAUCUUUUUGACCAUUUUUCCAAAAGUUAUGUUUGCCGCAAACACAUCAGCACAAAAACACCAUAUUGUAAAGUUUGGUGCUUUGAGGCUGUUUUUCUUCAGCUGGAAAUGGGGAAUUAGUCACAGUGGGAGCAAACAAAAACAGUUCAAAAUAGCCGACAGUCUUUGCAAAUAAUAGAAAGUAAAAAAAACUGUCAAUAAAAGCGCAACUUUAUCUGGGGUUAAUCAGAGGAACUUACAUCAUGGCGGUUCUGUGCUGGCUCCGAUUUAACAAAUAUGAAGGUCGAUUCUGAAGACUGCCACAUCUCCUGUGUGGUGUCACUUUCUUUAACAUCACCAAAACCUGGCAUUUUAACAGAGAUGUUUUAUAUCCACUGUAUGAUUUACAGUAAAUAUGCUACAUUCAAGCUGUAUACACAUGACAGUAAAUAUGAUGUAGAGGUGUAAAUCGAUUAAAUGUGACAUAAAUAGGCCACACUACAAGGAUAUAAACAUUACCAUUAGUUCAUUAAUGGUGCACAGAACAUGCAUUGGGGAAAAAUAAACUGCCAAACAAAUCAAAGUUGUUGUAACGACCCGAUUUUAGACUUUAAUGGUUUAAGUGCAAUUUGUGUGUUGUUUCAUGAGUUCCAUCACAAUAGACAUGCGACAUAGGAAUAUUAUUUUUUUAAAUAUGCCUUGAACCAGUGUGUAAAUUCAGCCUUUGUGUCUUUUCAUGAGCUCGCACCAUUGAGGCCUCUGGUUGAGUAAUGCAGCUGGAUUCUGUGCUGUAAGGUAACCGGAUUACCUCCGGUGAUGAAACCAGCUGUUGUUGACAAUUGCAUUCCACAUUGUAUACACGAGUCAUCCUCACAGUCUACCAUAGUGGCCUUAUGUUUAUUAAAAGUUCAUUCAAAUCCAUAUGUAGACAUUGUUUAUAAUGAGCACAGUUGAACCGUUUGUACAGUAUGUAGCACAGUCCUAUAUUCUUUAUCUUUUUGGUUUUUGUAACUUCUCUGUAUAUAAAUAUAUAUGACACAUGUAUGUACCAUGAAUGAAGAAUGUAUUAUUUUGAUAAUGACAAAGAAGCACAUCAGUCGUUGUAUGCCGCGUGUGUGCGUAUAAUGUAGUCUCGUGUCACUAUGCACAUAUGAAUUCAAUAGACUCCCCUUUAAGCGCAGUGUCGCAUUGAAAAAUAAAAAAAGAAUGUUUUCUUUCUGAAUGGAAUCAAA